UAUCACAUGGUGUCCGUCAAGUUCAGCAUGUCGUCUACUAGCGUCAACGUCCUGAUGUUCAUUGAAAAGCUUCAGGUGACCCAGAUCUUGGCACUGGUGGGCGGCUACCUGGGCAUAUGGCUGGGCCUCUCCGUACGCACGUUCGCCAUCAUCAUCGUCGACUGGUGCUUCGAGAGGCUCAGGCGUCUGCAGCGAUCAAAGUACGCGGCCGCCGAGGUCUCGAGCGUGGCCCGUUUUGUGCGGCUGCUCGUAGAGGUCACGUGCCUGGUGCUGUGCGUUCGCAACUCGCUCGCCGAUGUCCACCAUUACUGGCGCUUUCCAGCCGCCGUUGUCUACAACGAGGACCGCCACGUGCGCUUUCCUGUGCUCACUCUCUGCUUCCCGGACGGCUACAACAAAUCCGGGAUGCAGGUUCAACAGGAGAUCGAAGCACCCCUCGACAUCGGCGGAACAGGGGACGCAACGAUGCAGUUCAACGCGGACCACUUGAAGAAUCUGAUCGAGCAGGCGUACCCACCGCAGGACAUGAUCCUCAACUGCAGCAUGAAGGCUCGCUCGGACGUGUGCCGGGACUUCGAGUGCAGAAAGCUGCAAGCACAUUUGCCUUUUCUGACCCAAUAACUUGUUAUGACCCACUCGCAUUUUCGACAUUUUGAAGAUUGAGACGCAACACUGAUCGUUCUCAGUGUAACGAGCGAGUGGAUAUGACUGCGUCACGCGGUUGCUUGCUCCUUUCUCGACCGGGAAGCUAAUUAUUAAGCGAAUAUUUUUAUCAUCACUACGAGCGCGGGCUAGAAAGGCAGUAAGGCUUGUUGCCUUUCCUUUCUUCUCGGUCUUUUCAGAGAAACGGGAGGAGAUACCCGUGGGUUCCCGUCUCAUCGUCGAGUGUGUUAACAGAAUAAACGUAAAAAAGAAAAACUUGAGGACAACCUCGACGUGGCACAUCGAAGAGGGUUGCGUCUCGAGAGAAUGUCAGAGAGAGAUAGAUCU